AUGGACAUUAAUCCAUCCUACCACAUCAAAGAUGUUAUUCUUUUAAUAUUACAAACAUAUAUUGAUUUAACAAAAGAAAUUAAUGAAACUGAACCUGAUAAUAAAACAAUAAAAGAAUUACAAAAGUCUUUAAAUGAAAACAAUACAGAAUUCUCUAAAUGGCUUGAAGGAAUUACACAUCUUGUUGAAAAAGAAUAUCCAUACGUUUCAACUAAAAUGAAUUUUGAAAAUUUCUUCUUUAAAACUAAAGCACAUCAAAUGCUUUUAUCAAAAGAAUUUAGAGAUUUAACUAAUUUAAAACAAAGUGAUUUAAUCAAUUAUCAAAUUUAUAUUCAUAGAGCAGUUGUUACACAUACUACAUUGUAUUAUACUCUAAAUUAUAUUUUUUGUAGAACUAUGCUUUCUAUAUUAUUUAGUAUUAUUAAAGCAUUUUUGUCAAAAGCAUUUUAUGGAAUUGGAAAUCCAUUAGAAGAACUUAAUAAAAUGCAAGAGAAAUACCAAUCUCCUGUAUUUGUUCUUUUUCAAAAUGAUUUAAUUAAUGAUUGGUUUAUUGAAACUCAACAACAACUUAGUCAAUUUAAUUAUCAUCCAUCAUUAUUAAUUGAAACAUUAAAUACUACAAAAUCAUCUCCAAUUAUUGAUUCUUUAAUAACAACAUAUCGUCAAAUAGUAUCAUUUUUUGAUUCAAUUUUAUUUCUCUUUGGACAACAUCAACAUUUUACACCAGAAUUUAAAUUUAAUACACCAUUAACACCAAUAAUGGAAAUGCUUAAAACAAGUUAUCAACAAUUACAAAGUGAAGCAUUUAAAGCAUUUGUACAUUUUACUAUUACAAUAGCAAAUGACCAUUGUGUUCCAUUAAAUAGAAAACCAGUUGGAUUUGCAAAAGAUUUUUUGGGAUUAUGUGAACAAAUCCAUUUUUUUCUUCCAUUUCAUUUUAUUAAUAUUGAAGAUAAUUUUGUAGAUAUUAAAUUCCAACAAAGUCAAUUAAAAUGGUAUUUUUCUAUCUUUACUAAAAUACUUGAAAAAGUAAGUGAAUGUAUUAUAAGUGGGAAUAAAUCAAAAAUGUCAACAUUAAUUUGUGAACUUGAAGAAGGAGUUGCUAUUAUUAAUAAUUUAUCUCAAGAUGAAAUGGAUAUAUUACUUUGGGCACAAACUAGAAUGAAGAAUCAUCUUACUACAAUUGAAAAAUGUAUUGAUGAUAAUAACUUUUCUAUGAUAGUUAUUACAUUAAAACGAUUAAUUCAAAUUAAUUCUGUUGUAAAACAAUAUUGUAUGCUUCUUUUACCAAAGGAUUUUGAUAGUUAUGAAAUUGAAAAGUUAGAGAAAGAUUUAUUAGGUGGAUUAAAACAAUUAAUUGAGAAAACAAUUACCAAAGAUCAAUAUAUUACUUUAACCGAUAAAUUUCAAAAUCAAAUUCAAAAAUUAAUUUCAUCAGCUAUUUGGAAAGGAAGAGAUGAAGAGAUUGUUCAUUGUGUUAUUACAAUUCAUUUAAUUUCUCAAAAAUUUGAUUCUUUUACAAAACUACAAAGACCACAAGCAAUUUCUACAAUAAAAGAAACUAUUAAAAGAUUUGUUGUUUGUUGUAGAGAAAGAAAACCAGUAGAUAGAACAUUAAUUAAUCUACUUGAUAAAUUAGAAGUAUUUUCAAUUGAAUAUGAGUCUAUGGAAAAAUUUCAAAAUAUACUUCAACAACUUCUUACUAUUUGUGAAACAAUUUUAACUGAAGUUAUUGAUUGUUGUGAAUAUAUUGGUGAAGUUGCAAUGGAAUAUUCACAUAAUUUACUUGAUAUGAUGUGUAAUAUGUUUCAAAAACAUGUUUUUUAUAGAGGAUUUACAUUACCAACAUUUUUAAAAGAAUGUAUGGCAUAUGCAAUAUCAAUACUUACCAAUUCAAUACCAAUUACAAAUGUUACUGAAGAAUUACCACUGUAUUGUAGUUAUAUUCUUUUAGAAGCAACAUGUAUUGCUACAACACAUAAUAAUCAUCAAAACCCAAAUAGUAUGAAUGAUUGUUUAAAUGCUGCAUGUAAACUUGAAAGUGAUUUAUUUAAAUUAACAUCUACAAUUUUAACAUCAUAUAAAUAUUCAUUUAAAUAUUUUUCUCUUCAACAACGAAUAAAUUUUACUAUACUUACAUUAUGUAAUACAGUUAGUUCAUUUUGUGUUAAUUUCUUUUCUCAAAAUAUUCAAACUCAAGAAACACACUUUAAUCUUCUUAAAGAAGAGUCUAAUAAAAUAUCAACAAUAGUAGAAUAUUUAUUAUCAGAUUCUAAUUCAAAUGUUCAUCCUUCUAUAUUAUCAAUUUCACAAAUGUUUGAUAAAUUUUCAGAUAUGGUAUUACCUCUCAUUCAAUUAUUAAAACAAACAAAUGGAAAACUUGAUAAUAAUGCAAAAGAAGCAUAUACACAAGAAUUAUUAAGAUGGAAUAGAUUAAUAGUUGAAGUAUGUUUAAAUAAUUGUUCAAUAGAACGUUUAGUUGAAGAUUUUGCAAUACUUUCUAAUGAAUUAAAAAAUUAUGUUUCAGGAACAGAUUUAACAAAACAUUGUUAUGCAAUUAGUGGAAUGUUUUCAUUUUUUAGAGAAUAUAUUUGUCUUGUUGAUAAAUUUUCAUUAAAUUUAUUAUAUCCUUCUGUUUCAUGUAAAGCAGUUAUAAUGCUUAUUUUAUAUUCUUAUUCAAAACAAUUUGAUAGAACACUUCCAACAAUUGAUUUAAGUGCAAUGGAUGAAAGUACAUUCUUUUAUAUAAAACAGUCAUAUAAUAAACUUCUUGUUUAUUUAAUUUUUUUAGUAAAACCAUAUGUAAAUUGGAGUAGAAUGUAUCUUGAAAUAAAUGAAUUAAUUGAUGGAUAUGAAACAAAAAGUUCAUCAGUACAAACAAAAAUUAAAUCAUUCUUUAUAAGGUCAUUAAGUCUUGUUAAUUGUUUUUUACAAACAAGAGAAACAGUUGAUUGUUUUGAAAUUGCAUUUAAAGGAUAUUGUAAUGAUGUAUUAUCAACUUAUAAUAAUCUUCAUAUUCCAAUUGAAGUCUUACAAACAUUGAAAGAAAUGUUUAUUAAAAGAGCUACAGAAAAAGAGUAUAUUGAAGAUAUUAUUAUUGAUGUAGUAUAUUCAUUUAAAUUAUUUAAUACAAUUAGAUAUAAUUCAGAUUCUUCUUCUUCUACAAGAAUAGAAUUUCAACUUAUUAAUUAUCAUAUUAGAAAAACUCUUGAUAAUGCUUUAAAUAUAAUAAGAUUAAUAUCAUCAAUAAAUUCUUUUAAAAAUAAAAAUAUUAUUAAAAUUCUUCAUCUUAUUGGUACAUUAAAUGAAGAUUAUUCUUCAGUUACAUCAAUUCAAGAUACAAAAAUUAUUCAACAAAGAGUCACAAUAAUUCUUUCUUCAUUUACUCUUGCUAUUCAGAAAUUAAUAAACUUUGAAAGUUAUUAUUCAAAUAAGAUGUUAUUCUUUUAUAAACAAAUUAUUAUUUUCUAUUAUUUUGUAAAGAAUCAAACAAAUGAUGAAAACCAAAUAUUAUCAAAUCAACAAUCAUGUGAAAAAAUUAUGCUUGAAGCUAGAAAAAUAUUUUCUCAAGUUGUAAAAAUUAAUAAUGUCUUUUUCUCUUUUACAGAUGAUACUAUUUGUUUAUCAAAUAAAGGAAAUACAUUAUUAUCAAAACGUAUUACUAAUUUAUUAGAAUCAUGUAAUGAUUUACUUAAUAAAUUUCAAACAUUUUCUUAUGACAAUCUUAAUGCCUCAAGUAAUGAAUUAACUAUUGAACAAACUAAAGUUAUUCUUGAAAAAAUUAAUGGUGUUUUAAGUUAUAAAUCUAAUUCUUUACAUAAAAAAAUUAUUGACAUAUGUGAAAGUGUUGUAGAUGGAUUUGUCUUUUUUGAUAAAUUUAAAAAUCAACCUACUUCUCUUCUUCUUUCACUUAAUUUAUAUGAAACUUAUUUUAGAAAAAUAUCUGAUAUUGUUAAAGCUGCUAUUUUAGCAGAAAUUGAAACAAGAAGAGAAUUAAAUGAAUAUCCUCAAUUAACAAAUAUAAUGCAAUGGAAAUUUGAUUUAUAUCAUUCAAGUAUUAUUAAUUUUAUUCUUCCUUUUCGUCAAAUGUGUUAUGAAGUUAUUGAAAAAAAGGAUAUAAUAUCUUCUGAUAUGGUAAUUCAACAAAUUAAAAGGAUAAUUCAUGAUACAGGAAUUGAAGAUAGAGUAUUUUGUAAUAAAACUAUAAGAGAAUUCUUACUUCAAAAAGAUUUAAUUGAUCAAAAUAGAUUAAGAAGAAUUGAACAUUUAAGAAUUCUUUAUGAUAUGACAAUGAAUCAAUUUACAAAAGAAAAUUGUCAAAUUUUCUUCAAUAAAAUAAAAGAAUUUAAUUUAGAAGAUGGAAUUCCAUAUCUUGAAAUGAAUGAAAUAGAAUUUAAUGAAGAGUUAAUGAAUGGAAUGAAACAACAUAUUCUUAAUAAAAUUCAACUUUUCAUUCCAUCUGUUAAAGUUUUUGCAGAAGAAUGUAUUAAAUUUUAUAAAUCAUGUAAUGUAUUAUUACAAACAAUUUCCAUGUUUAGAAACUCAAACAAUCAAAUAGAAAAAGUUAGAAAAACACUUAAAAGAUAUUGGAAUAAAUUAAAAUUAUUAUUACGUAGUAUACAAUUAUUUGAUUAUAUGAGUCCUUCUAUAGGAAAAAUAUUAUCUCAAGAAUAUAAAGUGAUUGAAAAACAUAUUAUUGAAAUGAUUAAUUUUGGAAAUAAAACAAAUGACAUUGACCAUUGUUUAGAUGAACAACUUCCUUUAAUUUAUAAUGACUUAGUAGUUAUUGCAGGAAUUUCAUUUCUUCAACACAAUCAAACAACAGAAAUUAUUAAACUCUUAAAUAAAGCAAUUGACAAGAAAAAUCAAGAUAAACAUAUUGAAACAUCUAUUUGUUCAUUUAUAUUAAAAGUAGCACAAAGUAUUGUUUUAAAUUGUGAACAUCCAUUUUUUGCAAUAGAACAAGUAAUAGACCAUGGAUUUGAUAAAAAUGUAACUACAAUUCAAAAAGCAUAUUCACAAAUAUUUAUUAUGAAAAAAAUUUGUCAUAGUCAAAAUACAGAAAUAAAUAAUAUUCCAAUUGAAUUAACACCAAUUAUAAAAAAUAUUAAAGAAGCUCAAACAAUAGAAGAAAUGAUUAUGACAAAUGAUAAAAUGUUAACUGAAGAAAAAAAAUAUUUUGAUAUUUUUCAUUUUAAACCAACAGGAUUUAUUGGUCAAAUUGAAGUAUUUAGAAACGCACAAGAAAAUACAAAUCAAUUUAAAAUUAGUCUUCAUCAAAUGGAACAAAAUAAAAAUCAAAAUUGGAAAGAAUUUGGAUUAAAAGUAUUUAAAAGUAUUCAUGAACCAAUAUUUGAAGAAUUUUAUUAUCAACUUUUUCAAUUUUUAGUUCUUAUUGCUUCUGUUAUUCAAACAUUUAUUAAAAGAACAUUAACUUGUGGACAACAAUGUGCUAUGAUUAAAGAAUUUGAAUUAUUUAUUACUGUUUCUAAACUUCUUCAAAAAAUUUUAGAAUCAUUUGAAAGGGAAAAUACGUCUAAUACUAUUAUAACAGAAUUAACUCUUUCAAUUAAUAAUUAUCUUAAUAAUUGGAAUGAACCUAUUAAUGUUAUAAAUAAUAUUAUCAAUACAAUUUAUUAUUUUCAACAACAUGACAAACAAAACAUUUUUGGCACAGCUCAAGAAUGGUAUAAAAAUAAAGAUUCUAUUCUUCAAGAAUUUGCUCCUAUUGAAAGUUUUUUAAAAAUUACUGAAGACCAAAUUAAUAGAGCAAUAAUUGAAGAACAAUUAUCUUCUUCUAAUAGACAAAAUUUUAUGCUUGCUAUUGAUAGAUGUUUAGGAAAUUCAGGAGAUCCUCAACUUAUGGAAUUAUUUGAUAAACAAAGAGAAUUAUUAUCACAUUUUGGUAAAUUAACAAGAAAAAGUGCACCUUAUUUUAUUCAAUGGAUUGUAAAUAUUUUACAAACAUAUGGAACAUUAAAACGUUUAGCUUUAACACAAUUUAGAUUAUUAAACAUUAUGUAUAAAAGAAUUAUUUAUAUUCAAGCAUUAGGUCAAUGCACAUUAUCUGAUUAUAAAGAAAUAGAAGAUUGUAUUUAUGACUAUUUAAGAAUAAUGAGAUAUAUGACAUUAUCAACAAGAAGUGCAUCUUUAACACAAGACUCUGUUUCAAAUACAUCUUUUUUUAUGAAUGAAUAUUUUAAAGGUGUUACAAAAAUUGAACCAACAAAUUUAAGUGGUAGAUUAAGAUGGAUGAUUGAAUUAUUUGCUUAUUGGAACCAACUGCAAUUUUCUCCAUCACCUUCUUAUGCAACUUAUUCUCUUCAUGAUUAUUUAUUAUGUCAAAAACAAUUAAAGAUAAUUGAUAAAGGAAGUAUUAUAUUCUUAUUAAUGGCAUAUGCAUCAGUAAUGGAUAUUACAGAACAAGAACAUUUUGAUUUAAUUAAAUUAUCUUCAGAAACAGAUAAAUUAAAUGGGAGAAUUGAUGAGACAAUAAGAGACAUAGAAUAUACAACAUAUGAUUGGAUUGAUUUUUAUCAUAGUAUCACAGAUUUUGAAAAAGGAAAUGGAUCAAUUAACACUAAAAUUAAUAAACUUUUAGGAGAAUGUAUUGUUAGAGGUUAUUAUGAACAAGGAAGUACUUUUAUGGAUGUUGUAGAUAUAAUACAAAAAUUAUAUUAUUUAAGUGAAAGAAAUUUAAAAUUAUUUAAUCAAACAAGUGAAGAAAUUGAUAUAACGUCUGUUAUUCAAAUGGUAUUAAAUAUUGCAGAUGAUAGAGUUCUAAUUUGUAGAAAAGGGGUUUUAUUAAUUCAACAAGAAGGUAAGAAUUUUGAUGAUUUUUGUAAUUCAUGUAGUUCAUAUGUUGGAUUUAAUGAUUCUCCAUCAAAUUUUAUAACAAGAGAUAUUAUUAAAUCAUUUACUCAGGCUAUUCAAAUUAAUGACAAUCAUUCUAUGAUAAAUUAUACACAUACUUUACUUCACUGUGUUAUUGGUCCAGUUUAUCAUUUAAUGAUUGCAUAUUAUCAAUUACGAGCUGUUUUAGGUAAAAUUUUAUUACUUUCAUUUAGAGACCAACAUACAAAAACAUUUUGGUUAGUUUUACAACGAAGUGAAAGGUAUUUUGAAAGAUUUAUUGGUUGGGUUCAAUUAAUAUGUGUUAUUCAAAAUAUUGAUUAUGACACAGCAUUUAAUCAACCAAUUCAACUUAUUCGUUCACAAGUUUCUAAAAGAAAAUUGAGAGCAGAUGAUUUUAAACCAUUAGAUAAUAAAUUUGUUGAAGUUCUUCAUCCUAUAUUUUUAAGAAUUGUUUUUGCAUUAGAUGAUUUAUUAACUUAUCAAACUAAAGAUGAAUUAAUUAAUGGGAUGAAACAACUUCUUCCCCUUAUUUCAGAGUCAAAUCAAUUUGUUAAUUAUUUAUCAAAAAAUAAUCUUGGAAAUAUUUCUAAUCCAUUAGUACCUUUUCAUUCAUGUUUUGCAUUAAUACAAUCAUCUCCAGAAAAUCUUGAUCAAACUGCAUUAUUUGGAAUUAAAAAAUAUUUAAAAAAUCUUUCAGAAUCUCUUUCUACAAUUUUUAGAUUAUUUGAUGUUCAAACAACACUUGUUAAUGAUUUAGUUGAUAAAACAAUUAAAUCAUUGAAGAAUGAAAGUGUAGAUAAAAGUAAAAAGUAUUUUAAUGAUCUUCAUCGAUAUUUUAGAUUAUUCCCAAGAAUGUAUUUAUUAGUUAAUUCAUUCUAUUCUAUUUUUGAUGACACUGUUUCAACUCAUAUUCAUUUAUCUGAUUUAUAUGAUUUAUUAUGUGAAAUAUCAAUUGAAGAUAGAGAAUCUUUAACUCCAAGUAGAUUCAUUGAAAAAAAUAGAGAAAGGUCAUUUUCUGAUCCAUUACAACCAUGUCUUAAUAAAAGAAUAAUUAAACCUAUUUCAUCAAAUAAUCCAGACACAUCUCUACCUUCAUUUAAAAAACCAGCUCAAAAUCCAAUUCGUUUAUUAACUAAAUUUAAAAAUUCAUUUAGUACAUUCUGCCAGUCUCAUCUUAGAUUUGGAGGAUAUUUUGUUCAACUUAUUCUUAAUGUUAUUACAUUAAUUAAAACAACUCCUGACACACAAACCCAAAUUGAUGAACUUUUAGAAUUAUUAGGAAAUGUAUAUUCAUUAUGUUUACCAAUAGUAUGGGUUGCACAAUCAGCAAAAUUAUGUCUUGUUAAAUAUUAUGGAUUUAGUGGUAUGCAAUUAAAAGGAAUACCAAAUCAAGUUAGAGGGUCAAUUAGCAGUUUAUUAAAAGAUGUUGUUGAUCCAGUCAAUGAAGAAACAAUUAAAAAUCUGAAAAACACAUCACUAACUGUAUUAAGACAAUUACUAUUAGGACUUUCAUUUAAUAUUAAUAUUGUUGGAUAUUUAUAUCAUAAAAUUAUUAGUAUUAAAAAUGCUGUAUCUGGAGAUGCUCAUAUUUCUCUCCAUCCAACAGCAGUUGGUAUAAUUCUAGAAACAGUAGGAAAUGAAAUUAGUAGAGCAGUUUAUGAUAUUCUUUCAGAAAAUCCAAAAAGAAAAACAGAAUUACCAGUAAGAUAUGUUAGAGAAUUACAAAAAGUAUUAUUAUCAGUAGGUGUUAAUCAAAUUCAUAGAAGAAUUACUGAUGUUUCAUCUUCAUUAAUGAUAGAUGCAGUUCCAUUAAAAGCAAUACAAAAUAACGUAUCAAUUUUAAUAUCAAUUUUAAUUCAAAGUUGUCCAACUGAAGAAAUGUUAAGUAUUAUUCAAAAAUAUUAUAGAUAUGCUUUUAAAGAUAUGAAAGGAAGUCAAUUAGUUAAUGAAAAAAGAGGAGAAAAAGUUAGAAAUUUAGUUCAGUUAAUUUAUUCACAAGUAUCACAAAAUCCAAUUGUUAUGAAUGAUAUUGGAAAUGAAAUGAUUGGAAUAUUAUCUUUAACUAUUUAUGUAUGUUUUUCAUGGAGAGGAUAUAAUGAUGUUAUUGAAAGUAAUAUGGCAAUUCAAUUAACUUUAGCUAAGAUUCAAUUCUUAUUAGAAGUUUUAAGUGAUGUUGAUUUUAUCAAAAAUAGUAAAAAAGAAGUUAUUGAUGUAUUAAAACAAAUUAAUGAUACAAUGAAUGCAUUAAAUAAACACCCAUUUAUUAAUAAAGACUUUAUUAUUAUAACUAAAGAACUUAUUCUUGUUAUUUGUCCAUUAUUAUCAAGUAUUACAACAAACCAUAUUGAAUUAAGUAAUAAUGCUGAUGAAUUACUUUCUAUUCUUCAAGAAAUUGCUUCAAAUUCUGACUUAAAACAAUCAUUUGUUUUAUCAUCACUUUUCACAACAAAACUUAUACUUCAUUCAGCAAUGUUUUUAUCUGAAUUUUUACUUGAACAUGACGUUAAUAUCAAACUAGUAGAAGAACGUUUAUCUGAAUCUUUAAUAAUGGCAAUUGCAUUAAUUACUUUCUUACAAACUUUUCCUGUAACUGAUAACCAUACAAGAAGGUCACAAAGAGUUAUAAAUACAAUUAAUAAAAUAAUAGAAAAUAGUGUUAUGUUGUAUAAACUUAAAAAAUUAAGAGCAAAAAGAAAUAUUAAAGAAUUUCCAUCAUCAUUUAAUCCAAUCAAUCUUCCGAAAUUUAGAAGUAAUUUUAAAGUAUCAAAAUCAAUUGAAAAAAUAGUUAAUGCAAUUCAAAAAGGAAAUGUAAAAGAAACAUUUAAUGUAAUUCAUAAAUUUAUUGAAUCAAAUAAAUAUAUCACUAUUACAUAUGAAGAAUUAAAUCAUGUUGAAAAUGAUCCAAUCAAAAUUGAUGAAUGUAUUCGAAGAAUUGAAGCAAUAACAUUAUUAAAUCGUAUUAUUUGUUGGGUAUUAAUGAUUUCUCAUAACUUUACAACACCAGACGAUAUACCAUUGAUUUGUUUAGAGAUUGAAUCUUUCAUGGAUUCUACUGAAACCAUUUCUCAUUCUAAAUAA